AUGGCAAAUAUAGGUGUUAUUAUGGAUCUUCAACCAUUAUCAGGUAUUGAAUAUAUUAUUCUUGUGGAGAUAUUGUUUCAGCAAGUUCUUGUUCUCCUUAUUUGUCUUUUCAUGGCUAGUCAUGGUCAUUCUCUAAGAAAACGAUGUCGAAACAGACGUGAGGUUAGGUAUCGUAUGAGUGUUCAAGUUCCGAAAAUCAUUUCUCACUUACACUAUAUCAUAAAUGAUAAUGGUGGUGUAUGUAUCGAUAAGUUGAGAAUGGAUAGAAAUGCCUUUCACACUUUAGUUCUCUUAACUAAGGAUAUUGGAGGUCUGACUGAUAGUAAAAGUAUGUCAAGCAGCGAAAAGUUAGCAAUGUUUUUAAAUAUCUUGGCUCAUUAUGAGAAAAAUAGAUCCAUCAAGGUUGAUUAUAUUAGAUCGGGAUGGAGCGUAAGUCAGGCUUUCAAUGAAUGCUUGAGUGUUAUUCUCAAACUAACUCCAUUGCUACUUGUUAAUCCUAAAGCGGUACUUGAGGAUGAGAUUGAAGAUCGAUGGAAAUGGUUUGAGGAUUGGCGCAGAGAUAAUCCAUCGCCUCGAUGUAAAGAACAACUUUUCAACACGAGGCAUGCUAGAGCUCGUAAUGUAAUUGAAAGGGCAUUUGGUUUGUUGAAAGGAUGUUGGGGAAUUCUUAGAAGUUCUUCAUGGUACUCGGUUAAGGUUCAUAACAAGAUCAUUAAUGCUUGUUGCUUGAUUCAUAAUUUCAUUCGUAGAGAGAUGGAAGUGGAUCCCUUAGACAUUGAUAUAGAAGAAGAAAUGGAGUAUCAACACGAGAAUAUUGAUGUUGUUGAAUCGUCGGAGGAGUGGACCACUUGGAGGGAUGAGUUGGCUCAAUCAAUGUGGAAUGCAAGAUUUAACAAUUGA